AUGCAAGACGGCUUCGGACAGCCGUCUUUUCCUGGCUCUCGAACUGGAUCCGGCCCACAGCGCUAUGCAUCACCUUAUCCUGACAGGGCUCGCUCUCCAUCACCCAGCAAACGCUCGUCGACAGGAGCACAGCAGCAGCCCCAGCAUCCAAUGCCACAACAGUACCAGCAACAGCAAUCGCAGCAGCAGUCUAUGUUUGGACGACCUGGCGAUCCAGGUCCAUCGCCUUGGGGGCCGCAGACGCAACUACCAGCACCACGGAGACCGGUGAAUGCAUCAAAUCCAGGGCAGUCGGUUGCGCAAGGCCAAGGUCCUUUCGGCGCCGAGCCUUUUCUCGGUUACAACGAUCUGUUUCUUGCAGGCAUCAAUCCUGGGCCAAGGCCUCAAGCGGAGGAUUCUGAAGGCGAUGGAAGACCUACAAGGGCUGAAGACUUGGCGGAGACACUAGGGCGCUUGGACAUGCAGGGGUCACUCAGAGACGUUGAUGUACCUGGCUCUGCUGCUCAGGGCCCAGAGGGCUUUCCGUUCCCGCCUCCAGGCAUGGCUAUGGUUUCAGGGAUGCCCAACGUCCCUGGGCUACCAGCUUCUGGGAGCCUCAGCCCUCGCAGCCUACUGCAUUACCAUCACCAGCAGCUGCAGGCGCAGCACGCUCUCGCCCUUCAAGCAGCUCAGCAGGCAGGUGGGGCGCAUCACUCGAUGGCAGGAGGUGCGUCAAUGCAGGAGGAGAUCACCACGGUGUUCAUCGUUGGAUUCCCGGACGACAUGACGGAGCGCGAGUUCGCGAACAUGUUUCUGUUCGCCAAAGGGUUCGAGGCAUCCACGCUCAAAAUCCCAGCUGGUGGUAUGACAGGCACCGGCCAGAGUGGGCAGCGGGAAAGCUCUGUUUCAGGGCCACCAGGGCCGUACAACUCGGUGCAGUUGCAAGGAAUGGCGCCUGCUGGAUCCAACAGUGGACCCAGCUGGGAUGAGCAAGCACUCUCCUUGGCUCUGGUCCGCGCAGGCGCAGGUCAUGAUGCCUUUGCGAAUCUCGGCGCGGGCGCAGGUCUCCCCGGCUUUAAUUCAAACAGCCAGGGGCAACCGGGUGGCAAGAUCAAGCAAAUCAUCGGCUUUGCCAAGUUCCGUACGCGCCAAGACGCGCUUGAGGCUAGGGAUGCGCUCAAUGGUCGCAAGAUUGAUGCGGAGCGCGGAUGCGUGCUGAAGACGGAGAUGGCGAAGAAGAAUCUGCACACGAGACAGAGGCCGGCACUUACGCUUGGGAUAAAACCAGGCCCGCACGGUGUCGACGGGGGUUACGGCGCGCUGUCGCCUUAUGCAGGCAGCGCUAUGGGCGACAGGGACCCAGCACAUGCUUUUGGCUAUGGCUCUCGCCCCCCGCCACAGCCCUCUCAGCCUGGCCAAGGAGGAUUCGUCGGUCAGCCACAAGGCUUCGACCGACAAGGCGCUUUGCCACAGCAGGAGACAUCCAUGCGGCAUACAGAGCUUCUCCGAGCCUCUGGGACUGGCGCGAGCAACCCGUCCCAGUCACAAGCACCGGUCAACUUUGCUCAACCUCAGGAACGCUGGGCGCCGAUGGGGCCGCUCGACUUUUAUAACGACGAGGCUGAUCGAGCGGCGCAGCCCUCCGCGCGAUCGGAUUGGGGGUCCGUCGGCUCGCCGCCGGCACGCCAUCCUCAGCCGCGAGCGCCGGGCCUUGCACCUGUCAAUUCGAUGCUGCCAGGAGCGCCCUACGCUGCUGCUACAGGCGCUCGGAUGCGACAGGGAGAGGAUUUUGGAGUGGGGGAGCUGAGACAAGAAACACACCCAGACAACAACAUCAACAAUAGUACCAGGCCCAAUCAGGACUUGAGUAAUCUUCUUAAUGAUCAAGCUCAAGCUUCUCGCCCUGGUCCGCCUGGGCUCGGCUCCCCCAACGUCGCAGAUCCGUCUUCGGCUGACCAGCGGCCGCAAGCGAAGAACGAAGCUUCGGCGCCGCGUUCACAUCGAUCUGGGAGCACCCCAAGUCCACCCAGCUCAGAAUUACCUAGUCCGACUCAUCGGGGCUUUGUCGGCGACCAGCAUCCUCCCGGUACUACCCUCUUCGUCGGCAAUCUUCCCGCUAACCUCUCAUCUGCUAGCUCUGCUCAGCUCGAGGAGAAGCUGCGAAGCCUCUUCAGCAGUCGUCAAGGUUUCCGCCAGAUGUCUUACAAGCUCAAGGGGCACGGACCGAUGUGCUUUGUCGAGUUCGAGAGCAUCUGUCAUGCGCGAAAUGCGCUGACGGAGGUCAAUGGUGACUCCCUCGGUGGGUUGCUGAAGGGUCAAGGGAUCCGACUGAGCUACUCAAAGAAUCCGCUCUUCCGGCAUAGCAAUGCCAACUCUUCUCCGCCCGAUCAAGGCACCGGCUUGAAUGGAUUCCACUCGCCUCAAGGGCCACGAGGGGCCAUGUGCGAGGACGUACUCGACAUGGACAAGCUGAAUAACCUUGAAGAGACCGCAUUUGGGCAUGGAUACGCUGGCGGCUUCACACAUGGAGCGCUGCAUGGAAAGUUCGAAGGCCGGGCGUUGGGCCGCGAGAAGGGUUUCGACAUUUGGGGCGAAGUAGGCUACUACGAAGGGAUGGCGGCGAUGUGGCAGCGGUUGUUACAGGACGGGACAUCAGAGCAGGACCGAUCGCGCAAGCAGAACAAACAGAUGCAACAGAUUGGCUCCUUGCUCGAACUCAUCGUUGCGUUUCCGACACGCAACGACGCAGCCGGUGGAGGGAGUCAGGAUCAGUCGCCAGACCUUGGUCAGCUGUUGGAGCGAAUCCGAGCACGAUUCAAGCUCACUGCUUCCACCUUGGGUUUCCAUCCGAGCGAUGGCCCAUUUGCCGCAGGAGCAGACCUGGGGCCAGGAACGUCGCAGCCGCAGCUCGCUGAGAUUGGCGGACGCCUGCCUGCCCCCAAGCCAGAAAGCAAGACCGCAAGCAACACAAGUAUCGCAUUCAUGUCCACACUUCGCAUUCACCCUCCGGCGGAGGCCGCAAUAGGAGCAGCAAAGCCUGACGCUGCAUUCGGCGUGCAGUCGCUGUUGAACCUCCGGCCCAUGCAUGCAACAACGAUCAUCAGCCCGUUCCUCUUGCUUCAUUUGGAUCCGCACACAAUCACCACGUCGUACAGCUUCCACAAUCUUCUGAACAACAAGCAUCGCAGCAGGACAAGGCUGUCCGCCUUGGAAAGCCAUACUUCCUUGUUGUACUAG